AUGUCUUCAAACUCCAAGAACUAUAUUUGUGAUGUAUGCAUCUAUCAUCGUAUUGAACAAACUUCCCAGGAAAUGCUUACAGAUGAUGUGCGGUGUCCCGAACUUGAAUGUAAUCGUAAAUAUAAUUACGAGACAAUUAAAGAUAUUCUUCGGUCGGAUAAAAAUACAAAACUGGUUGAAAGAUAUAAUCGAUUUAUGUGUCUUCAUCAAUUAGAACAAAUGGACGAGUAUAUAUGGCGUUCAAAUCCUAAGUGCCAAAUGGGACAAUUGAAUGAUGGAGGAGACGCCAAUAAUGUGAUAGUAUGUACUCGUUGUCAUACAAAAACUUGUUUCAAUCAUAAAACAAGAUGGCAUACAGGUUUGACAUGUGAACAAUACGAUUCAAAGACUGAUGGUGAUGUUAAAGCUAGUUUACGAUGGACAAAUCAAAAUACGAAAACAUGUCCAAAUUGUCCGUAUCAAAUCGAAAAAAAAACAAUGGAUGUGAUCAUAUGA